CGAAACAGUUCACAAAUCCUUGUAGCUUCUCAAUCGAUAGUUUUGCUCUACCGUACGUGACAUGAGACGAAUACCAACCUACGUUCUCCCUUGGCUGUGGCUUUGUUCCGUUCUCCAGUCGCCUAUUCCCACAGUAUCAUUCGUUCCGCCCUUCAAUCAUGCUUCGUCAUCAUCGGCAUCAUCAUCCCACCUGCAUGCACGCUAUACUCCACCAGUUUCACAAGUGGUAAUGCCGCCACCACCACCUCCACCACCGCCCAUUCCAGAACCACCCCAACUCGAUGGAAUCGACCGGAUCUUACAGAAUCUUGCGCAGAAGUUGGAUUCUUCGCUCCCCGAUUGGAAGAACUUGCAUUCGCCGGUUGGAAAGGAUGUACAGGGGCCUUUGAUUGAGUCUGUUGUCUCAAUCCAACGUCAGCUGGGACAACUGGAGUCCGAUGCGGCCUCACAGAUUCAUCUCGUUUCCAUAAAGUUCCAGAGCACCGUGCUCCAACAGAUUCCCCAAUUAGAACCCGUUCUUCAGAAAGUUACAGCUUUUUUAGCACCGUUAGUGCAAGAUCCAACAACCCAAUUGAUCGUAUCUGCCUUGGUGUCCUACACGAUUGUGUCCAAGUUGCUAGCCAUGACCUUACCACCUCCACCAUUGAAGCCGUAUCCCAGUGGACGCUACGACCCCGUGGCCUCCCGGGCCUACUUUGACCAACGAUUGCCGCUGGUGAUUGCCCGGAGUUUUUCGAUUCUAGUGCAAAGUCUGCAAUUCGCUGCUGCGCUACUCCAGGACAAAAUGCAGAACAAGCUGGUACAAAAUGAAUUUCAACGCGGUGAGCAACUGGCGGUUCUACUCUCACGCCUUGGACCAACCUUCAUCAAAGUCGGCCAGUCUUUAUCGAUUCGUACCGAUCUACUCUCUCCGGCGUACGUCCGCGGCCUGGCAUCCUUGCAGGACCAGGUGCCGGCCUUUGACACAGCUAUUGCCAAACAAAUUUUGGAAGUGGAAUGGCAACGUCCCGUAUCUGACGUGAUUGUUGGAGAGUUAACGUCGCAACCUAUUGCCGCCGCUUCGCUUGGUCAAGUGUACAAGGCCACACUGAAAUCGACAGGACUGGAUGUAGCUAUCAAAGUACAGCGACCCAACAUAAAUGAACAAAUUGCGUUGGAUAUGCACUUGCUGCGCGAAGCAGCGCCCGUUCUGAAGAGACUGUUUAAUUUGAACUCCGAUACAGUAGGAACAGUGGACGCCUGGGGCGCGGGGUUUGUUGACGAAUUGGAUUACAUUCAAGAAGCUCGCAACGGUGCGUUUUUCUCGGAACGCAUUCGUCAGACGCCUCUGAGAGAUGUGGUGCUGGCCCCCGCUAUCGUGGAAGAUUUUACAACCGGAUCCAUCCUCGUGACGGAAUGGAUUGACGGGGAACGACUGGACAAGAGCGAAAAGGGAGACGUGACGGUAUUGUGCAGCAUUGCCAUGAACACGUAUUUAACCAUGUUGCUAGAGCUAGGACUACUCCAUUGUGAUCCGCACCCAGGCAAUCUCUUGCGCACUCCGGACGGAAAACUAUGUGUUUUGGAUUGGGGCAUGGUAACAGCUAUCGACAAAGACUUGCAGUUGACUUUGAUUGAACACAUGGCGCAUUUGACGUCGGCAGAUUAUGGGGAGAUUCCUCGUGACUUGCUGCUACUGGGAUUUAUUCCGUCCGACAAGGCACAUUUGAUCGACGACAGCGGUGUUGUUGACGUCCUGGCGGACAUUUACGGAGCCUGGACCAAGGGUGGUGGCGCAGCAGCGAUCAAUGUGAAUGAUGUUGUCAACCAGCUACAGGAUUUGACGUCCAAGAAAGGAAACCUCUUCCAGAUCCCGCCCUACUUCGCGUACAUUGCUAAGAGUUUUUCUGUAUUGGAAGGCAUCGGAUUAAGCAACGAGCCGAACUACUCUAUCAUCAACGAAUGCGUUCCUUACGUAUCCAAAAGGCUUUUGACAGACAAAGAAAAGAUGGGGCCGGCACUUUCGACAUUUAUUUUUGGACCAGCGAAAUCAAAUGCAGAUCGCAUUGUAGAUUAUCGUCGUGUGGAACAGCUCGUAGAAGGCUUUGGUGAAUACACAACCUCAGCUUCUGGUUCUCUUUUGGGGAAGCAGAACAUGUCCAAUACAGAAAUACUGGAAGAUGUCGCGGACGAGGUGCUCGAUUUGGUGUUGACAGAAGAAGAGACCCCUUUGCAAGAAAUCUUGUUGGAGCAACUAGCAAAGAUCAUCACAGCUAGCAGUCGAUCUAUCUGGACACAAAUCCGGGAGCGCUCUGGUUAUCUACCUUCUGGCCGUACUGUGCUUGGUACAAUCGUCGACCCUUUUGGCCUUUUCCGAACUAGUCCUCUCGUGCGGAUGAACGAGCUUGACGAACGCACUGUAGAGACAACUCAGAAACUCAUCGCUUUGGCGCAAAAGCAGAUUCAAAAGUCCGACAACCCGGCUUUUGAUCUUUCUAAGCUUUCUCGAGAAGAGGCACUACAAUUCUCCUCUAUUCUGGUGCGAAAAGUUUGGGUCCGGAGGGGUGGUGUCGUGCAAACUAGCAAUCGCUUCGCUCGAAAGCUGCUGCAAUUAACAGCCGAGAAGCUUGAAGCAGGCGAGCGUGAUACUCGUACCUUGCCGAUCCGCACAAACUUGACAAGGACGGAACCCCUUAUUGAAGCUGAGAAGUCAUUCACAGAGCGAUCAUCAAUCGAAUUAGCUGAUCAUCAUCCCACGCCAGUAAAGGCAGAGAAUCCUCGUCUCAUAGCAGCACGACGGCGCCUUGACACUCUCAAAGCUGAAGAUGGCAAUGGUGUCAUUGUAACUGAAGCUGCGGAGAUUUCUAAUGUAGAUAUCUAGUGUAAGGAUACUAACGUUUUAUGAACAGACUUACCGUUAAUGCGCCAAAAUUUGCUGAGUCGCAACGCUCUUGCGCCAAUAAAGUAAGGCCAACAAAGAGCGAGCCUUCCGACAGACACUUGACGCCUAGAUUUGACGACCAAUUCAGAUUAUCGGAUUCACAGUCAAGACAAAUUUUGGCAUUGUUGAUGGUGCGGCAAUCAGUCAGUGGUUCAGACAAAGCCGUUCGGAAUGAUUUAUGCUCAUUUUAUGAUCCAUAGAAGCCCGUGUCAACAAAAACCGAAUUCUUCUGAUUGAAAACUUGCUACUCAAGGGUUUGAGGAGUCGUAGCAAUGUACGUAGCAACAUGCGGGCAUCGACAUUCAAUCAAAUACGUCACUGUCACCUUGAAUAGGAACAAACUUUGACACACUUCCCAGAUGUUA